GCGAAACGACAGCAAGGCAGGCGUGGGGACUGGUAAGGAUAUGGUUCCUUCCCAAGUUUUAAACAUCUGUUGCUCCGUAGUCGUCUUCUGCACUGUACAGAUACGGCCUGCUUCACCGUUCUUCACCACGCUUCUCCUUCUUUGUAGGCAACCUAAGGCUUGGAAGACAGUUUCCCUGCUGCUGUUCACCGUGACUGUGAUGUCCUUCGGUGUUUACUGCGUUGGAAGUCUUGCUGGAGGCUCAAGGGCAGUGGAAAAAAAGACUUCACGGCUGGUGGGUGAUGAUCUGGAAAUGCUGAGGGUGGAACAAGAGCUCAAGAAGAUCCAGCAGCAGCUUCGUUUCCUGCAAUGGGGAGUAAAGGACAUCACCCUGCGUGCUCUCCACGAGGCCCUGAAGAGAACUGAGCUCCCAGGCUUUACCGGCGAGGCUGUUCAAGAGAUGAUCAAUCAAGUCCUGGAGAAGCUGGAGGAAAGCCCAUUCCAGAUGCGUAAUUAUGCCAGCAAAACUUCAGGCGCCGCUAUCGUUCGUUCCAAGACUUCUCCCUCCUGGAUUGGAAGCGGGAAAGCCUUCUGGCACUCGUUGCUGCUGACACCAUAUAUGAGGCCUCCUGAGAUUAUUCUUGAGCCUGACAAUCAGCCAGGUAACUGCUGGCCCUUCCCAGGAAGCCAAGGGCACGUCCUCAUCAAGUUGCCCAGGGCCAUCUUUCCCACGGCAGUUACGUUAAACCAUGGAGUUCCAGCAACGGCCUACUGUGCAGACAGCACCUCCAGUGCUCCUAAGGACUUUGCUGUCUAUGGCCUGCAGGAAGAAGGUGACGAGGAAGGAACUUUGCUAGGAGAGUUCACCUUCACGCCAGGCCAGGAUCCCAGUCAGACCUUCCAGCUGCAGAACGAGCACUCCGGGUUCAUCAAUUACAUCAAGCUGCGAGUGCUGAGCAACUGGGGCCACCCGGACUACACGUGUGUGUAUCAGUUCAGGCUCCACGGCAAUCCAGCCCCUGACGGUGAAGCUAAGGGAAAGCCACUUGGUUCACCUUUCGUGGAGGAGUCUCCAGAUCUGAGCCCGUGACAGGGGCACAAACCCAGGGGACGAAAAGAGAGUGGCAACAAAAAUUACCCUACCUUCUAACAGCGCGGCACAUCCGGCCCGGCUCUGUGACUAACAAGGCAAGGCAUGAUGUGGGCCGUGCGCUCCAGGAGAGGGGGAAGGGAGACAACACGUGUGUCUGACAACAAAGAAAACCAACCAACAACAAAAACAAAAUCAACGGCAACUGUCUGAGGAGGAGCUGAAUUUACUGAAUCCAACAAAAUCAAACAAAAUGAGGGAGACGGAAGUAUCCAAAAUACAAGAUCUUAUGUUAGAAGACUGCAGGGGAAGCACGUGCUUUUCUCCGUGGCAAACCAAGAGUGGGAAGAAGAGGCUGGUGUCCUGCCAGUAGCUCCACCUUUCUUCCUCUGCGCGCUAGGUCCUUGGGAAUGCCGCUCCUCCCCUCCCAUCUGAGGACCCCACGUGCCCAUGAAUGGCAGUUCAAGGAACCAGAACAUUAACUCUUUAACUCCCACUAUUUUACGUGAUCUUCUGAGGUGGAAUAUCAGCAACAAAAAUCACAAAGCCACAACGUUAACAUCAAAUAUAACAUCAAUUCAUUCAA